ACCGGACCCGGACGGCUGGGGGAUUCGGUGUCGCCCCUCGCCCUCCCCCUCGCGGCCAUUGGGCAGCCUCCGCGGACGGGGCGGGGCCCUCCCCAUCUCCCCUCGGCUCCCCUCCCCUGUUUCCCGGUGUGGGAACCUCGCGAGGAGGGAGGCGCGAGGGGCUGCCGAGGGGCGUCCGGUUACAUCUCCGCCUUCCUCAGCCUCCGGCCGCAGAGCUCCUCGGUUUGCGGGACGGCGCUCCGGGAACAUGUUGGCCACGGUCCGCCGGAGCGGAGCUGCGUGGACGCGGGCGCUGCUGCUGCAGCUGCUGUUAGCGGGGCCUGGGGGCUGCCUGAGCCGCCAGGAGCUCUUUCCUUUCGGCCCCGAACAUGGGGACCUGGAGCUGGAGGCCGGAGACGACCUCGUCUCUCCAGCCCUGGAGCUGAGCACCGCGCUCCACUUCUUCGACAGAUCCGACAUCGACUCGGUCUACGUCACCACAAAUGGCAUCAUUGCCAUGAGUGAACCCCCAGCCAAAGAAACCCACCCUGGGCCCUUCCCACCGACCUUUGGAGCAGUCGCCCCUUUCCUGGCGGACUUGGACACAACAGAUGGCCUGGGGAAGGUCUACUAUCGGGAAGACUUGUCCCCCUCUGUCACUCAGCUGGCUGCGGAGUGUGUCCAGAGAGGGUUCCCAGAAGUCUCUUUCAAGCCCAGUAGUGCGGUGGUUGUCACUUGGGAAUCCGUUGCUCCCUACCAAGGGCCUAGCAAGGACCCCGCCCUGGAAGGCAAGAGAAACACAUUCCAGUCCAUUCUGGCCUCCUCUGAUUCCAGCACCUAUGCCAUUUUCCUUUAUCCUGAGGAUGGUCUGCAAUUCUACACGACGUUCUCAAAGAAGGAGGAGAACCAGGUUCCUGCGGUGGUUGCUUUCAGCCAAGGUUUAGUAGGAUUAAUAUGGAAGAGUGACGGAGCUUAUAAUAUAUUUGCUAAUGACAGAGAAUCAAUUGGAAAUCUGGCCAAGAGCAGCAACUCUGGGCAACAGGGCAUCUGGGUGUUUGAGAUUGGGAGUCCGGCCACGGCCAGUGGCGUGGUCCCCGCGGACGUGAACCUGGGACUGGAUGAUGAAGCAGAGUAUGACGAUGAGGAUUAUGACUCAGUGACGCGUCUGGGCCUGGAGGACGUGGUUACUACAUCCUUCCCUUAUGAGGCCCCAAGAAGGGGAGACAGUGGCACGUACAACACGCCCAGUGACCUCUCCCCCCGCCGCAUGGCUACUGAGAGACCCCUCACACCUCCCACGGAGAGGACCAGGUCUUUCCAGCUGCCUGGGGAGAGGUUUCCCCAGCAGCAGCCACAGGUCAUAGAUGUGGACGAAGUCGAGGAAACAGGAAUCGUGUUCAGCUACAACACGGACUCCCGGCAGACGUGCGCCACCAACAGGCACCAGUGCUCUGUGCACGCACAGUGCAGGGACUUCGCCACCGGCUUCUGUUGCCGCUGUGCUGCUGGCUACACGGGGAACGGCCGGCAGUGUGUUGCAGAAGGUUCCCCCCAGCGAGUUAAUGGCAAGGUGAAAGGGAGGAUCUUUGUGGGGGCCAGCCAGGUUCCCAUUGUCUUUGAGAAUACCGACCUCCAUUCUUACGUGGUCAUGAACCACGGACGAUCCUACACGGCCAUCAGCACCAUUCCUGAGACUGUCGGAUACUCGCUGCUUCCCCUGGCCCCUAUUGGAGGCAUCAUUGGAUGGAUGUUUGCAGUGGAGCAAGAUGGAUUCAAGAAUGGCUUCAGCAUCACAGGAGGGGAGUUCACCCGCCAGGCUGAGGUGACCUUCGUGGGGCACCCAGACAAGCUGAUCGUUAAGCAGCAGUUCAGCGGCAUUGAUGAGCACGGACACCUGACCAUCGACACGGAGCUGGAGGGCCGCGUGCCGCAGAUCGCCUUCGGCUCCACGGUGCACAUCGAGCCCUACACGGAGCUCUACCACUACUCACGGCGGGUGAUCACAUCAUCCUCCACCCGGGAGUACACGGUGACGGAGCCCGAACGAGAUGGCACUGCCCCUUCGCACGUCCACACUUACCAGUGGCGCCAGACCAUCACCUUCCAGGAGUGCGUCCACGACGACUCCGGGCCGGUCCUGCCCAGCACCCAGCAGCUCUCCGUGGACAGCGUGUUUGUUCUGUACAACCAGGAGGAGCGGAUCCUGCGCUAUGCACUCAGCAACUCCAUUGGCCCCGUGCGGGAUGGCUCCCCUGAUGCCCUCCAGAACCCUUGCUACAUCGGCAGUCAUGGGUGUGACGCCAACGCGGCCUGCCGCCCUGGCCCAGGGACCCGGUUCUCCUGCGAGUGCUCCGUCGGCUUCCGAGGAGACGGACGGGCCUGCUACGAUAUUGAUGAAUGUUCUGAGCAGCCCUCGGUGUGUGGCAAUCACGCGAUCUGCAAUAACCACCCAGGAACCUUCCGCUGUGAGUGUGUGGAGGGCUACCGGUUUUCAGAGGCAGGAACAUGUGUGGCUGUCAUGGACCAGCGCCCCGUCAACUACUGCGAGACUGGCCUCCAUGACUGUGACAUCCCCCAGCGGGCCCAGUGCAUCUACACGGGCGGCUCCUCCUACACCUGUUCCUGCCUCCCAGGCUUCUCUGGGGAUGGCCGAGCCUGCAAAGAUGUGGAUGAAUGCCAGCCAAGCCGAUGCCACCCCGAUGCUUUCUGCUACAACACGCCAGGGUCCUUCACGUGCCAGUGCAAACCUGGUUACCAAGGAGACGGCUUCCAUUGCGUGCCUGGAGAAGUGGAGAAAACCCGAUGCCAGCUUGAGCGGGAACACAUCCUUGGGGCGGUGGACUCCCAGCGGCCCCGGCCGCCCGGGCUCUUCGUCCCCGAGUGUGACGAACACGGCCACUACGCGCCCGUCCAGUGCCACGGCAGCACCGGCUACUGCUGGUGUGUGGACCGCGACGGCCGGGAGGUGCAGGGGACCAGGACGAGGCCCGGGAUGAGGCCACCGUGUCUGAGUACAGUGGCUCCUCCAGUUCACCAUGGACCCCCAGUUCCUACUGCUGUGAUCCCCGUGCCUCCUGGGACCCACCUACUCUUCGCCCAGACAGGGAAGAUAGAGCACCUUCCCCUGGAGGGAAGCACCAUGACCAAGUCGGAAGCCAAGGCACUGCUUCACGCCCCGGACAAAGUCAUCAUUGGACUGGCCUUCGACUGUGUGGACAAGAUGGUUUACUGGACCGACAUCAGUCAGCCUUCCAUCGGGAGAGCCAGUCUGCAUGGCGGAGAGCCAACCACCAUCAUUCGACAAGAUCUUGGAAGCCCUGAAGGCAUUGCUCUUGACCACCUUGGGCGCAACAUCUUCUGGACCGAUUCUCACCUGGAUCGGAUAGAAGUUGCAAAGCUAGACGGGACCCAGCGCCGCGUGCUGUUUGAGACUGAUUUGGUGAAUCCCAGAGGCAUCGCAACAGAUUCCGUGAGAGGGAAUCUUUAUUGGGCAGAUUGGAACAGAGAUAACCCCAAAAUUGAAACUUCCUACAUGGAUGGCACUAACCGGAGGGUCCUGGUGCAGGAUGACCUGGGCUUGCCCAACGGGCUGACCUUCGACGCCUACUCGUCUCAGCUCUGCUGGGUGGAUGCAGGCACCCAUCGGGCCGAGUGCCUGAAGCCUGGUCAGCCCAACAGACACACGGUUCUUGAAGGGCUGCAGUAUCCUUUUGGGGUUACGAGCUUCGGGAAGAAUUUGUACUACACAGACUGGAAGACGAAUUCUGUGGUCGCUGUAGAUCUCACCAUUUCCAAAGAGACGGAUUCCUUCCACCCCCACAAGCAGACCCGGCUGUAUGGCAUCACCUCCGCCCUGUCUCAGUGUCCUGAAGGUCACAACUACUGCUCAGUGAACAAUGGCGGCUGCACGCACCUCUGCCUGGCCACCCCAGGAAGCAGGACCUGCCGUUGCCCUGACAACACCCUGGGAGUUGACUGUAUCGAGCAGAAAUGAAGAGUUCCUCGUGUGCUCUCCAAAGUAUUUCACAGCAGCACCCUUCUUGAAAGGGUCCAGACUGAAAACUGUCUGACCUGGUGGCUGAAUGGCCACCAGGCCCAGGUCCAACCCAGCCUGAGCCCCAACAGCAUUGCCCUCACUGUUCCCCAAAACACAUGCCCUCAGCUUCUGGAAUGCGAAAGCCUCUACUCCUACGCAAAGAAAGUCUCCCUGAUCCCAGCCCUCGGACUGGCUUAUACAGCCCUGAGUGAGGAUUAUAUGCCCCGUCCUGGUGCUGGAAACUGGCCCCAACCUUCAUGCCCCCAUGGUGAGCAGAGCUUCCCCAGGCCUGAGCUGCCCCACUUCCUGUGGCCUUACGAGCUCAGCCUCACUUUGAGACACCCAUCGUUCCUUCAGCUGCUGGACACAACAAGGCUGUGAGCGAAGGAGGGAGUUUGCUCUCCCACAGUUUUUCUUGGUGCUCUGAUUUCCCUCUUUAUACUCCUAGCAUUUAACCCCUGAGUUCUACAUCACCUGCAUCCUGCGCAAGGCAGGAAGUGAGCAAGCCCUGCCUUUUGGCCAAAACUCACCCUGUCCAAAAGAUAUAUGGGUAUUUGGUGGAUGAUACUGAGCAGCCUCUCCCAGAUAAGUUACUGGCAUUUCUGCAGUAGUUGUUGGUAGUCAAAGGCUUAAAUCAAGAGUGUCCAGAGAAAUUCAAGGUGCAGAGUCAGAUAUUUGAGGAUGGGGAUUUUAUUGAUGUGCCUUAAAUUAUACCAAAGAUUACCAAAGUAUUCCUUUUUAUCCAAAGCACUUGGAUCGUAGCAUCUGGUUCUUGGGGCAGCACAGCCCCACUGCUGCCACCUGUGUCCAGCCUCCACAUGGAGACCCAUCUGAGAUACAGGCUGGGGCUGGUACCAGUGACCCCCUGUAGUCCCUCACAUCUGCCCUCCACCCACGAGAGCCGAUCUACAAUCAGCCACGAGCUCUGUGCUCCUUUGUUUAUCCUCCAUCCAUGGCCCUUGCUCGCUGUAUUCUCAUCCAAAGACACAAUCCAGGAAGGCCAAACUGAAUGUUAGUCCUCCAGACACUUUGUUGCUCCUUGGUGUAAUUAAAAGGACCAUUACCACAUUUCACAUUUAUGUUUCUAGAGCUUGUGUAGAAAACAUUUCCUGACCAUAUAUAGCUAGUGUUACUUUUUUUUGGAGGGGUGGUCACUGCUUCCCAAAGUCCUAAAAGAAUAGAAAUUUUGAAUUGAAAGCUAAGGAUAAGGAAUUUGAGUCGGUGAAGAUUGGGUUAAGGGAAGUGAGACGACUCAGUGAAAAGUAUCACAAAGAGAUUGACCAAGAGCAGGAAUGAAAAACCCAAGAGGAAGGAUAAAGGAGAAGAUUUAACAAUAGCAAUAAGAAAAGCUUUUAAAUAAUGCCAAAGAAAAAAUGGUAUGUUCUUUGCCAGAGGACACUUCUACACUUAACGACAUGGAAGAAUUUCCCUGUUUUUCUUCUUAAGGAAGAUAUCCCUCUUCUAAUCUGCAAACCUCAGUACCCUGAACUCCCCGCUACACACACCUCUUUUCUGCAGCACAUAGGAGCCUGAAUGGAAAGACCCUUUCCUUGAAUAACUGAAGUUUGUUUUGAGAAGCAACUAUAUUCCCAAGAAUCACAAGGUUUGGGGAACACAUGAGUCUUUUUUAUAGC